GUCUAACUUUCCAGCUGACUCGACUCGAACUCGUCUACGCGGACAGUCAGUGUGAAUGAAUUUAGAUUUCAAAGUUAACAAAGACGAAUGACAAGGGGGGCUUGAUGUUUUAUCAAAUUACAGCUAUUCACUGUUACUUCUAGAAAAGCAACAUGACGGACAAGGCCAAAAUCAAGAAGGAGAUGAAGAUAGUUUUAAGGGCUUUGCUUCUUUCGGCGCCGCUGGGAUUGACCGCAGUCGAGAUCGAGCGAGACUUUCGCGAGGCCCAGGGUUACGGCGUGCCUUACCGCGAGCUGGGGUAUAACAGCACAUCCGACCUUGUGGAGGAUUUGCCAGAUAUUGCAACCUGCCACUGGGAAAGGGGACAUGCAGUGUUUCAUGGAAUCGCAGACAAAACAACCAAACACAUUCAAAGUUUGGUUUCCAGGCAAAAAGUUGAUGUGAGCAAAUGUUUAAAGCGAAGAAAUGCUUUGGAAAGACAAGUUGUCCGUUCAGGGAGAGGAGGCUAUUCGUCAGGACGCGGGCGUUCAUUCAGUACAUCGUCUGGUGGUAGAUCUAACGUUAGAUCUCAAGCACCAUAUUCCAGAGCUCCUCAAGGUUUUGGUCAAGGGAGGAGGACAAACUCAUACCCAGGAUCAUCAGGAGGCCGGCCCAAGCCGUCACCUCUGAAUGGCCCCAAAUCAAGUCCAGCUUAUCUCCGUAUGCAGAUGAAAUCACUCCUCAAUUCCCAUCCGAAUGGCAUUCUCAACACUCACUUCGAUGCCAUCUUCAGUCGCAAAUGCGGUUUUACCAUUGACUAUUCUCAGCUUGGGUUUACAGAUUUAGAGGACCUUGUGAAAUCUUUAUCUGACUUGAUUAGUCUUGAACGAAUCAGUGAGGAGAAGUUCAGAAUUUAUAGCAGAGAGAAUUUCCCCAAAGGAACAGAGAAUUUGCCCAAAGGAGCAAGCAGAACGAGCAAUGAAUCGUAUGCAUCAAAGGCCAAAAUCAAACCACUGAUGUCCGAGGAUCAUGGGAAUAUAAAACCUUUGAUCACUCCGAAACAGCCACCACCAUUGCUAAUAAGCCCACCGAUACCGGAUGCUCGGAAGUCGAUGCCGUUCCAGGCCCCACAGAGAGGCAUUGGUAGAGCACGUAGAAUAUCAUCCAACCGAUCGGAUGAAUCAAGUACAAGGGUUGGAUCAUCGGGGUCAUCAUCGGUCACAAGCCCCAGACAGCCAUCACCGCCAGGCAAUGAUCUCAUUGAUAAACAACUCUGCAGUGAAAUCCGACAGAUCUUAGAAGAUUACCCCAACGGACUCUUUGCUGCUAGUCUACCAACUGAAUACAAGGCUUUAACCAAGAAAGAGCUACCCCUGAUCUCCAUUGGUUUCUACAGUGUAGUGGAGCUGGUGUCUGCCAUCCCUGACGUUGUUGCCAUCGAGAGACAGAAGAAGAACAGUGACUGGAUACUCUUUGAUGCUAGGACAUUUGUACCUUCCAAGCCACCUGAACCAGAGAUAAAGAAGAAGCCGAAAGACUCGCCACCCAAGGAACCAAACAAUGAAACGGUCCAGGUUGCCAAGGCAAACAUUAGAGAAGUCCUCUUGUCUCAUCCUACAGGAGUAUUACUCCAGGAGCUAUCAUCCGCAUAUGAGAAAUUUCACAGGACAAGUCUUCCGGUUGGAGAUUUUGGAGUGAGUGAUGUCAACUCUUUAGUUCUUGCCAUCCCAGAUACAAUCAAGGUCGUCUAUAAAGGACAAAAUCAAGUAUAUCUCCAUGCACAAGAUCAGAGGUUACCCCUCACCAGUGGAUCACUAUAUAGUACUAUUGCCAAGUCUAUACCUCAGGAUGCUAUUGGAUACGGGUAUUCCUACCCUACCUUGAAGAAACCUAAACUCAAUGAGUACUUCCCAGUCUAUGUCUCAACGGUCUACACUCCUCAUAAAAUCAGUAUACAAGUCAAGGACAAGGAGAGUAAUCUUGCAUUGGAAAGCCUCAUGGAUGGACUAGAAUCUGUGUACCACUUUGCAGAAGGAGAGAAGUAUCUCAUGCCCGAUGCCAUGAUAGCAGUAAAUCAGAUCUGCUGUUCCUUAUACCAUGAAGAUAACAACUGGCAUAGGGGAAUCAUAACAGGUGUUCCAAACUUAGAUCUUGUUGAGGUUUACUAUGUGGAUUAUGGCACCAGUCUUAGAAUUCCAAAGAAUUCACUUCGUCUCUUGAAAUCUUGCUUCAUGAAGCUGCCAAAGCAAGCUAUUGAUGCCAAACUCGGUGGAAUUGAGCCUUUUGGGGAUAAAUGGAGUGAAGAAAGUAGAGACAGAUUACUCGAGCUCUCUUUCAAUAAACCACUACAGGCGUACGCCAUGGAAGAGAAGACCACAGCAGGGGUGUUUGAUACUGAUCCGUUCUCAGAGAGUUCGGUUCUGAGCCUCAUCCUUUGUGAUACAUCAACCAACGAAGAUAUUCACAUCAAUGACCUGUUAGUUUCAGAAGGUUUGGCUCGCUUUGCAGAGCAGAAAGUACCGGCUGAACCUAGUGCCGAAUCGCCAGUGAUCCCACCUCCAGCUGAAGUGAGCCUUCAGAUGCUGACUGGCAUGGGUCUGCCUGUUCCGGACGAUGACUCCGCCCUGGCCUUUCAGUGGCCGGAGGAGUCUGCUGAAGUCCAAAGGAUCCUAGGGUCAGGGGAUGCCCAAACCAUUGCAAGACCACAGGAAAGGUCAUCAGGGGACGGUCAGGUCAUGGUCAACGGUGACAUCACAAAUGCAGGAGAUGGUCUUGAGAUCAUUGGAGUGGACAAUGAUAGCUCUGAUAGUGGGCCACCAUCUCUGAAAGAGGACGAUACGAUUGAGAAGAUGGCCCGAGAACUGAGUGAGAUUGAUGAAGAAGGUGAAGACGAUAUGCAGAAACCAUGGUCUAUUGCAAGGGUUGAGCUGGUGACUGGACAAACCCUUCAUCUGAUAUCAUUCAAAGACCAAGGUGGUCAGUUUGUUACCAGUGUUGAGGUAUCGGCUCUCAUCUGGCCAACCAAUCAGGAUGACAAUUCUCUCUUUGAUAUGAUUGAACUGAAAGCAGCACAGCUUGGUCAGGUCAUUGUAGAAGAAUUGGAAAGUUCUGAACUAGCAGAUAGCUUUGCCAGGGAAGGUGUGCCACUCUCAAAGAUUAGCCCAUCAAAAUUGCAGCUCUUCCUUCUGACUAGUGUUGCCCCAUUGUUGAUGGUUUCUGGUCAGGUCAGCACUGCAUUGAUUGGUCAGAUCCAAGCCUUGGCUAGUGACAUGCCCCCUCUAGAGGAUGACGAUCUGAGUCGUGAGAGCGUGAGCAGCGAAACGUCAGGUGGUUUCGAUACAGACCAGGAAGAAUCAGACCUCAAAAAGAUGCAUGAUGUACUCAGAACUAAAAGAGAGAGAAUUCUCAAGGAUCUCAUGAGCAACACUGGUUCUGUUGACGUCGAUGAAAUCACCUACAUCGAGGGAUUGAUGAAGGACAUUGAAAGAAAACUAGAAAAGACCAAGUCCAUUGACGUUGAUCCAGGAAGUGCCUCUCUGUCCUUGGGUGAUAUCUCUGCGCAGCUGGCUCAGACUUCCAUUGGAUCCUCCAUGUCCCCCAGAACUCCUGAUGAUGUCUUCAGUCCACCUUCCUCCAGACAUCCCAGCAGUGUCUUCUCCCCGGAUCAGAGUACCAAGGACACCCAUUCACAGACGGUAGGAGAUCUUGGACAACAGAGGCACUAUUCUGAUCGGGCUACGGCGAGUCAGAAGCAAACAGCUGCAAUCUCGCCUCUUCAGAGAAGCUCCACUGGGACCAUGCCAAAGCCGCAGAGAGGGAUAGGUCGUGGAGCGAACAUGCCAAAAAUGAAUACAGGAAUCGGAAGAGGACAGCAACUGAAGAAUGGUCGAGGGCCACCACCUCAGAUUCCAUAUUCCCAGGCAAUGAAAAGCCUAAAUCCAAACACUCCAGCGUUUGUCCCAAGCCCAAAGCGGGAUGGCUCAGGAGAUGACAAUGUCAAGGGUCAGGUCCAACAGCCAAAUCCUCAAAGUUUGUUCAUGGAUCCAUUUGGAAAUCGCCAAGCUCCUGUACCUUUAAGUAAGAGUCAGAUUCAGCAGCCCAAAUCUCAGGGUUUAUUCAUGGAUCCGUUUACAAGUCACCCAGCUCCUGUGCCUAACCGUAAGGGUCAGACGCAGCAACAAAAGCCUCAGGGUAUGUUCAUGGAUCCAUUUGCAAAUCGCCAAGUUCCAGUACCUUCAAAUGCUAUGCCUCCUUUGGGGCAGACUGUACCAGAAAUGGAUAUCUUUAAACCUAUCCCACUCCUGCCGCCGAAUAUACCACCUGGUAUGCCACCACCACCAAUGCCAAGCAGGACAGGUGGUAUGGGAAUGAACCAACUCCCACCUCCUCCCCUCAUGAGGGGAAUAGCCAUGGCUCCCCCACCAUUACAACCCUUACCUAACCCUAUGCCAGGUCUUCCUCUUCCGCCCAACUUUGACGUGAUGCCUGCUUCAGGACCACUGUUUGAUCCCAAUGCAACGCCUUUCUUUGGAUUAGGAAGAGGUCAAGCAUGGUCACUCAAUGACUAACUUGCUGCAUUCACCCAUGGAACGGCUGCUGGGGAAUUCUGUUGCAAUGAACCAAACAUUGAACUAUUUUCUCUUUUAUUUAAUUAUGUUAUUCAUUAUGUUCUCAGUUAUUUAAUUAUGUUUCUAUUCAUAUGUGCCUAAAAGUGAUUCAAAUAAGUUUUUUAAUUCAAGAUAUCAUUUGAGAAAACCAGAUUUAUUAUCACUAAUUCAUGUCUUUACAGUGUGUUUUGGAAAGCGUACCAAAAAAUAAUUUGUUGCGUUCUAGCAAAAACAAAAGAAGAAGGAAAAAUAGGUUCUUUCAUUUUUUGUGAUUGUAAUAUUUAGUGAGUGAUGAUUUACCCAAAAGUUAAAAAAAAGUACUAAAAUAUUUUAUUCAUAAUGAUAUUGAACAAUAUGUUGUAUUCAGAAGGUACAUGGAAUUCAGGAAAUUUGUCAACUUGUACUCAUUGCAAAACAUCAUUUUAUUGUUCCCUUAA